AUCCGGCCAAGGAUGUCCGAGGAAACGCCUAACGGGAGGACUCUCCCCUCCCAAGGCUGACCUGAAGGUCCCUGAGAAAUGGCGUUCUCCAGGGCCGGAUUGGACCCUGCUUCUUGGAGGCGGGACUCUGGGCUAGCCGAGGAAGGUGUAUUUAAGACCGUGAGGAGUUGGAAGGAGUCAAGGACAAAAUGAGUGGGCUACUGGGUGCCAGGACUUGCUCAAGCCCAGGAGAGGCCUCAGACCUUAAGUACCCACUGGGCACCAGGCUCAGGGAGCCCCUUACCGAGGCUCGGUUCCAGCAGCUCUUCGGGGAUGAAGAGCAGGUUCAGGAGCUACCGACUGAGCCCGUCGGGCCAAAGCUGUGCAGGAUGUGGAGGAGACCCGCCAGCGCCUGUUCCAGGCCGGGGGCGUGGCGCCUGCUGCAGGCUCGGUUGCCCCCACUGCGCUGGUUGCCCCUCUACCGCUGGCGGGCCUGGCUACUCGGGGAUGCUGUGGCCGGAGUGACCGUGGGCGUUGUACACGUACCCCAGGGUAUGGCUUUUGCCCUCCUGACCUCGGUACCUCCAGUGUUCGGACUCUACACUUCUUUCUUUCCCGUUCUCAUCUACAGCCUGCUGGGUACUGGGAGACACCUGUCUACCGGAACUUUCGCUGUACUCAGUCUCAUGACGGGCUCCGCGGUAGAGCGGCUGGUGCCCGAACCCCUCAGCCGGAACCUGAGUGGAAUCGAGAAGGAGCAGUUGGACGCUCAGCGGGUUGGGGCGGCCGCCGCAGUGGCCUUCGGGAGUGGGGCGCUCAUGCAGCUGGGGAUGUUCGUGCUGCAGCUUGGCGUUUUGUCCACCUUUUUGUCGGAACCUGUGGUCAAGGCGCUGACCAGCGGGGCCGCGCUGCACGUGCUUGUAUCCCAGCUUCCAAGCCUUUUGGGGUUGUCUCUUCCGCGCCAGAUCGGCUGCUUCUCUCUCUUCAAGACGCUGGCAGCUGUGCUCACAUCGCUGCCCCGGAGCAGUCCAGCCGAACUGACCAUAUCGGCUCUCAGCCUGGCGCUGCUUGUGCCGGUCAAGGAAUUGAACGUGAGAUUCCGAGACAGGCUACCUACCCCGAUUCCAGGGGAAAUCGUCAUGGUGCUUUUGGCCUCCGUGCUCUGCUUCACCUCUUCCCUGGACACAAAAUACAACGUUCAGAUAGUGGGGCUGUUGCCUGAAGGAUUUCCCCAACCCCUCCUCCCCAGUCUGGCUGAGCUGCCCAGGAUUCUGGCUGACUCGCUGCCCAUCGCACUGGUUACCUUUGCUGUGUCGGCCUCCCUGGCCUCCAUGUAUGCAGACAAGUAUAGCUACACUAUUGACCCCAACCAGGAGCUCUUGGCCCAUGGCGUCUCCAACCUCAUCUCCUCCUUCUUCUCUUGCUUUCCCAACUCUGCUUCACUGGCCACAACGAGCCUACUAGUGGACGCUGGUGGGAAUACACAGUUGGCAGGCCUCUUCUCCUGUAUAGUUGUCCUUUUGGUGCUGCUGUGGCUGGGACCCUUCUUCUACUAUCUGCCAAAGGCUGUCCUGGCUUGCAUCAACAUCUCCAGUAUGCGCCAGAUGUUCUUCCAGAUGCAGGAACUUCCACAGCUAUGGCACAUCAGUCGCAUGGACUUUGCUGUGUGGAUAGUCACAUGGGUAGCUGUAGUGACACUGAAUGUGGACCUGGGUCUGGCCGUGGGUGUGAUCUUCUCCAUGAUGACAGUGGUCUGCCGCACGCAAAGGGUCCAGUGCCUAGCACUUGGAUUGGCUGAGGGAACAGAACUCUACCGGCCACUCAGAGAGAGCCAUAGGCUCCUCCAGGUCCCAGGUCUCUGUAUCUUGAGAUAUCCAACACCACUCUACUUUGGGACUCGUGGGAACUUUCGCCGCAUCUUGGAGUGGCAUCUGGGGCUUGGAGAAGGAGGCAAGGCAUCUCCAAAGCCAGGUAACUUACCAGACACAGUUGCUGAGCCUGUCAGAGUUGUGGUCCUAGACUUCAGUGGUGUCACCUUUGCAGAUGCUGCUGGGGCCAGGGAAGUGGCACAGCUAGCUAGCCGAUGCAGGGAUGUAGGGAUCCACCUUCUCCUAGCUCAAUGUAAUGCCUCUGUGCUGGAGACACUGGCCCGGGCAGGAGUCUUGGACAGAGUGACCCCACAACAGCUGUUUGUGAGUGUCCAGGAUGCAGCUGCUCAUGCCUUGGAGAAACUGGUAAGGGGCAGCAGCGUCUGGAGUGGGAGCCAGGAGGUGCUACACUAGGACAAGGGGGUGAGGCAGGUGAGUGCCUGAAGAUUCAGAGAGUUUCAGGAAAGGUUUCAGUAAAGAAGGAAGAUCAUGAAGGACAGGAUGGGGAAGAGAUGAUUAGCAGAUUCAAGACAAGUCAGGAAAACUGGGCCAAGCUAUGAGUGAAGAAACAAAGAACUAACGUUCCAAAGUGGGUGGUGUGACACUCAGAGCAUUGCCAAAUCUCCAUGAGGGAAGGGGUACUCAAACUAUUCCCAACCUGUCCACUCUCGUCUCCAGGAACUCACUGGCUCAACGAUUUGCACAGUAUGGAUAUGACCAUGUCACUUGGAGUAUGAAGGUCUCCAAUGAUGUGUGUCUAUGUGUGUGUUUGAAGAAGGCCAUGAUCCUUCAGCUCCCUUACCUAAUGUAAUGAAUAAAAUGAAGCUGAAACCCUCUGGGA